AUGGCUACUCGUACACAAGAUUUUGGAAUUGAUGUAGCAAUUUCUAGAAAGUUGAAUAGUAGAUAUGAUCCAGAUGCAGAACGUCAAGUUAUGGGUUGGAUACAACAAUUAACUGGACAAAAUAUUCCUCUUGGACGUGAAAAUGUUCAAAGAACAUUAAAAAAUGGUCAAAUACUUGUUGAACUUAUCAAUGCUGUAUAUGAACGUACACCGAAUUUACCACCAAAAGCUCAAACAAUACGUAGACCAAUCAAUGCCAAUACAGGAACUGCACCAUUUAAACAAAUGGAGAAUAUUCAACGAUUUCUUGAUUCAUCCGAAGCAUAUGGUGUACCACGUGAAUGUUUAUUUCAAACGGUUGAUUUAUUUGAAGCAAGAAAUAUGGCACAAGUAUUAGCUACUCUAUUACAAUUAGGAACUGAAUGUCAACGUAAUGGAUUUCAAGGUCCUGUUUGUGGACCAAAACCUACUUAUUCACAACCACGUCAAUGGACAGAAGAAAAAUUACGUGCUGGUGAAGGUAUUAUUGGUUUACAAGCUGGAACAAAUAAAUUAGCAUCACAAAAAGGAAUGUCAUUUGGUGCUCAACGUCAUAUUGCCGAUAUUCGAUGUGAUGAUAUGACACCAGAAGGUGCUGCUGUAAUAAGCUUACAAAUGGGUACAAAUAAAUUUGCAUCACAAAAAGGUAUGAGUUUCAGUAAUCAACGUCAUAUUGCCGAUAUAAAAUGUGAUGAUUUAUCACAAGAAGGUAAAUCUGUAAUCAAUUUACAAAUGGGCACAAAUCAAUUCGCUUCACAAAAGGGUAUGCGAAUUGGUAGUAGUCGUCAUAUAGCUGAUAUUCGUUGUGAUGAUAUAUCAAAAGAAGGUCAAAAUGUUAUUAGUUUACAAUAUGGUACUAAUAAAUUAGCUAGUCAAAAAGGUAUGCGUAUGGGUGGUCAACGUCAUAUUGCCGAUAUACGUUGUGAUAAUUUAUCUGCAGAUGGAGCAUCUGUUAUUGGUUUACAAAUGGGAUUACCACAAAAUCAAGUUGCUUCACAAGCUGGUAUGUCAUUUGGUGCUCAUCGACAUAUUAAUGAUUCACAUUAA